UAUGGGAGAUAUCUCAGAAUAAUUGAAUCAAUUAACACAAAAAUAUGAAUAACUAGAAAUUCAAUGGAAAAAAGAAUGUGAAAGUGUUUAGAAAAAAGACUAUCUCAUAAACUAAUUAAGAUUAGAGUUAGAAGACAAAAAUAAAUUAAUCGCAACUUUAACAUCUGAGAUAGAUUCCUUAAAUAUCUACAUCGAUGAUUCUAUUUCAGAAAAAAAAUAAUAAACAAGCAAACUUAAUGAAUUAGACAAGAAGUAUUAGAAAGUCAAAGAUGAAUAUAAUAAAUUAAAACAAAAAUUGAUUGAUCGAGAUCUUCACAUACAAGAAUAAGAAAAAGAAUAUAAACUUUUGAAUUAAUAAGUAUAAAGUGAAACUGAGAAUUUAAUUAAAACAUAUGAGAAUAAAAUUCAAUAAUUAGAAGAAGAAAAAGAUUAAUUGAAAUAAAGGAGUCAAUUAAAAGAAUAAACUAUCAAAUAUGAAAGCUACAAAAAAUGGUUUAUUUUAUCUGUUGUCUUCUAACCUUUAAUUUUUGGAUUGGCAAAAUUUUUAAGAAAAAAAAAAUGA